AUGAUUCGAAAUUUCUUUCUAUCUAUCUAUUUCUCUGAAUCUGUUUCUAUCUGUCUAUCUAUCUAUUUCAGUCUGUUCAUUAUCUAUCUAUCUAUCUAUCUAUCUAUCUAUCUAUCUAUCUAUCUAUCUAUCUAUCUAUCUAUCUAUUUCAGUUUGUUCAUUAUCUAUCUAUCUAUUUCAGUUUGUUUAUUAUCUAUAUAUCUAUCUAUCUAUUUCAGUUUGUUCAUUAUCUAUCUAUCUAUUCAUUUAUUUAUUAUCUAUUAUAUAUAUCUAUCUAUCUAUUUCAUUUGUUUAUUAUCUAUCUAUAUAUCUAUCUAUCUAUCUAUUUCAGUUUGUUCAUUAUCUAACUAUCUAUCUAUUUCAGUUUGUUUAUUAUCUAUCUAUCUAUCUAUCUAUCUAUCUAUUUCAGUUUGUUCAUUAUCUAUCUAUCUAUCUAUCUCAGUCUGUUCAUUAUCUAUCUAUCUAUCUAUCUAUCUAUCUAUCUAUCUAUCUAUUUCAGUUUGUUCAUUAUCUAUCUAUCUAUCUAUCUAUUUCAGUUUGUUCAUUAUCUAUCUAUCUAUCUAUCUAUCUAUUUCAGUUUGUUCAUUAUCUAUCUAUCUAUCUAUCUAUCUAUCUAUCUAUUUCAGUCUGUUCAUUAUCUAUCUAUCUAUCUAUCUCAGUCUGUUCAUUAUCUAUCUAUCUAUCUAUCUAUUUCAGUCUGUUCAUUAUCUAUCUAUCUAUCUAUCUAUUUCAGUCUGUUCAUUAUCUAUCUAUCUAUCUAUCUAUCUAUCUAUCUAUCUAUUUCAGUCUGUUCAUUAUCUAUCUAUCUAUCUAUCUAUCUAUCUAUCUAUCUAUCUAUCUGAAUCUGUUUCUAUCUGUAUGAAAAAUCUAUCUAACUUUUCUCACUAA